CGAUUGCUGGAAAGAAGAAAUUUUACCGGUGCCUCUUAUCGUCCAGGUCCAUCCUUGCAUUCCCGUAGUCAAUUAAAUUUGUCAAUUACGUAUUAUAAAAUAUUUGUGUGUGUGUUUGUAAAGCAGGAAAUUAUUCAUAAGUUCAAUCCUUGGAGUCGUAGGGUUAAUUAAACCUUAAAUGGUGUAAUAUAUUCCAUCAAUUCACAACUAGAAUGAAACCUACUCCUCGUUUAUCCAGAGCACUGAGGGCUUUUACCAAUCUAGGUUCUCCCACAUGUGGUAAAUUGACAGAUACAUCAUCUUGUCAUUUAAGUGAGCUUAGGAUAAAACAUCAGGAAGAAAGCAACAAGAUCACAUGGGUGAGUUUGGUUGGGGAAUUGGAGAAAUCGGGGAAAAAUACAGCAGAUACCAGAGCACUGCUGAAUCCUCUUAGACAGGUUGCCCAUAAAAUAGUUGGAGAUGAGUGUGGGGCACAGGUGGUAGAGGAUUGUGCUAUUGGUCUACUUUUGUACUUUUUGGAGAAGGAAGAUGUCACCUCCAAAAACCUCUCCUCUUUGGGCUUUGGAAUAAUUGAUCUUUCACUCGGAAAAGAAGCACUCAAACACGUAAGAAACUUGGCAAACAAGUUGCCUGAGAAUGUGAUGAAGUACCUCAAGAAUGAAAACCCAGAAGAAUGUGUAGCCGAAUUUGGCAAAGAUGUGAAGAUAUACCCAGUAGAUGAAGUUUCUGUCAGUGGAGUUGAAGUGCUUAUAGAUUGGGGAAGUCCCACUAGCAAUUUUGAUGGACUUACCAAAAAAGAUAUUAUUAGUUUCAAAUGGGAAGAAGCAAAAACAAAUGAGACCAGAGUAUAUGAGCGCAAAGCACAUGGUCGUGGUUGGCUUGAACAGCAGCUAGCUCUUUCUAAUUGCAAUGCUCUCAGUAUUCCCAUUACGGAUCUCGUUGAUUCCAUCAUGAACGUUUUGUGCUCUAGUAAAUCGGACGAUGAAUUACAAACGGAGUUCUUUGAUUUGCUGGGAUUUGAACGAUUUGAACUGAUACAAGAGCUCUUGGAACAUAGGAAGGAAAUGAAGAAAGCAGAAAAAUCGAUUGCCACUCAGGUUGCCAUGGCCUCAUCCAAACCUAAACCUUAUUCUGCUGGCCCCAUUAUCAGUGGGCAAGUGCUUGUUCAAUCUGCCCAGGAAAAGGAUUUGAUGAAGCAGGUUCGAAGAGAGGAAAAGCGAUUUCAGAAGUUACGUCAAGGAUACGAGAAUGACGUAGAAGAGGCGUCAUCGAUGAAAAUGUUUCAAGAGCAACAGUUGGUCAUGGCUUCGACCCUUCCAAUUAUGAAACAUUCCGCUAGUAAAGCAAUCAAAUAUCCCAACGUUUACGAUUCAAUAGCAGAGGCGAAACAAUCUUCAUCUUUCGUUGGUGGGAAGAAAAUGGCGUUGCCAGAGUCUGCGGUGCGUACCAACACCGCAAAAUAUGAGGAAAUCAACAUUCCUCUAUCAGAACCAGCACCAACUGAAGUAGGAAACCAAUUAAUUCCCAUCGCUUCACUGGAUGACAUAAGUCGAAAGGCAUUCGGCAACUGCAAAAAUCUGAACAAGAUUCAGAGCGUAGUAUUUGAAACCGCUUACCGAACUAAUGAAAACAUGUUAGUUUGCGCUCCGACCGGAGCCGGUAAAACGAACAUUGCUAUGUUGACAAUUUUGCAUCAAAUCAAGCAGUACAUCACUAACGGAGUCCUUGAAAGAAAAGAUCAGUUUAAGAUUGUGUAUGUGGCGCCAAUGAAAGCUUUAGCAGCCGAGAUGGCAGAGAAUUUCGGGAAACGCUUGGCCCCACUGGGUAUGCUAGUGCGUGAGUUGACGGGUGACAUGCAGUUGACCAAGGCCGAAAUCAUGGCCACUCAGAUGCUCAUCACAACACCCGAAAAGUGGGAUGUUAUUACCAGGAAAAGCACUGGUGACAUUGCAUUGACGCAGUUGGUAAAAUUACUAAUUAUCGACGAAGUUCACUUACUUCACGGCGAUCGUGGUCCCGUAGUUGAAGCUCUUGUGGCCCGCACGCUGCGCCAGGUUGAAUCGUCCCAGAUGAUGAUUCGAAUCUUGGGUCUUUCGGCCACAUUGCCCAAUUACGUUGACGUAGCGCAAUUCCUGCACGUCAAUCCAUACAAGGGGCUCUUUUACUUUGAUUCGCGCUUCCGACCUGUGCCUUUAUCUCAAACAUUCAUCGGUGUGAAGGAGGUGAAUCCCAUGCGACAAAUGCAACAGAUGGAUUUCGUCUGUUAUGAUAAGGUCGCCGCCAUGGUGCAGCAGGGACAUCAAGUGAUGGUGUUUGUCCAUGCCCGUAACGCCACUCUGAAGACAGCCCAGACUUUAAGGAUGAUCGCGCAGGAAAAAAAUCAGUUACAUUUAUUCCAGCCAGAAGAUAAUAGUGGAUUCAGCACCGCCAUGAGAACGGCAGGGAAAUCGAGGAAUAGGCAUCUUGUCGACUUGUUCAAAGAUGGUUUCGCAAUUCAUCACGCCGGAAUGCUGAGGAGUGAUCGAAACCUUGUGGAGAAAAUGUUUUCCGACGGAAUGGCGCGAGUCCUGGUUUGCACAGCUACUUUGGCAUGGGGUGUAAACUUGCCUGCUCACGCAGUCAUCAUCAAAGGAACCGAGAUCUACGACGCUAAACACGGAGCCUUUGUCGAUAUCGGCAUCUUGGAUGUUCUGCAGAUCUUUGGUAGAGCUGGUCGACCCCAAUUUGACAAAUCAGGACACGGAACUAUCAUCACAUCCCACGACAAGCUAGCCCACUACCUCUCGUUGCUGACGUGCCAAUAUCCCAUCGAGAGCAGCUUUGAAAAAUCCAUGACAGACAACCUAAACGCUGAAAUUACGCUCGGAACAGUUGCAAAUGUUGACGAAGCCGUCCAGUGGCUAAGUUACACCUACUUGUUCAUUCGGAUGAGGAAAAAUCCUAUCGCUUACGGCAUCAACCUGGAACAGAUAUUUGACGAUCCCCACUUGGGAGGAAAACGUCGAGAAUUGAUCGUUAUGGCUGCCCGAUCCUUGGAUAAAGCCCGAAUGAUCCGCUUCGAAGAAAAGACUGGAUUGUUGCACGCCACCGAUUUGGGUCGAACCGCUAGCCACUUUUACAUCAAAUACGACACAGUCGAGAUUUUCAACGAGCAAAUGCAUCAAGCUAUGAAUGAUGCCGAAAUUUUCGCCCUUAUCUCCAUGGCAACUGAGUUUGACCAGCUCAAAGUGCGUGAUGACGAGCUGGAUGAGCUUGACGAUUAUCUCCAUACUUACUGUGAAUUGCCUGUCAGCGGCGGGAGCGAGAAUAUUCACGGCAAAGUCAACAUUUUGAUGCAGACUUACGUCUCGCGUGGAUCCGUCAACUCGUUUAGUUUAAUUUCCGAUCAGUCGUUCAUCGCCCAAAACUCGUCUCGUAUUGCUCGAGCUCUUUUCGAGAUUGUUUUGCGCAAAAAUUGGCCAUUAAUGUCCGGUAGAGUUCUUCGGGUUUCCAAUAUGAUUGAGCAACGAGUUUGGGACUCUCAGCAUCCGUUGCGCCAAUUUGGCACUCUCGGCCAAGAUAUUAUCAUCAAGUUGGAAGAGAAAAAGUUAUCACUUGAACGACUGCGCGAGAUGGACAGCAAAGAGAUUGGAUUUAUGAUUCAAAAUCAAAGAUCAGGCCCAAUUGUUAAGCGGAAUGCAUCCGAGUUCCCUUACCUGGAUGUAGAGGCUACGGUUCAACCCAUCACGCGAACGGUGCUGAGAAUUCGACUCAGCAUCCGACCCGAUUUUCGCUGGAACGACAGAAUUCACGGUCUUUCGUCGGAGCCGUUUUGGAUGUGGGUGGAAGAUCCUGAAAACAACACGACAUAUCAUUACGAAUCCAUUUCGCUGGGAAAGAAACAAGUGACACGCAAGGAGGAGCAAGUGAUUGUCUUCACCAUCCCAAUCUUUGAGCCACUGCCGUCGCAGUACUACAUCCGCAUUGUCAGCGACCGUUGGCUCCGCUGCGAAACCACUUAUCCAAUUUCGUUCCAGCAUCUCAUCCUACCCGAACGCCAUCCGCCACACACCGGGCUGUUGGACCUGAAACCGUUGCCCGUCGCUGCGUUAAAGAAUCCAGAGUGGCAAAGUCUCUACUCGUUCCCUUAUUUCAACCCCAUUCAAACGCAACUUUUCCACGUCUUGUAUCACACGGACCAUAAUGUCUUGCUGGGCGCACCCACUGGUUCGGGAAAAACCAUUGUUGCUGAAAUCGCCAUGUUCCGUGUCUUUCGGGAAUACCCAAAAGCCAAAGUGGUUUACAUCGCCCCGAUGAAAGCGUUGGUGCGGGAGCGGAUGGAUGAUUGGCGAGAGCGCCUAGGCCGCCGAUUGGGCAAAAAUGUUGUCGAGUUGACGGGUGAUGUCACACCUGACGUCAGGGCCAUCAGCCGGGCUGAUGUGAUCGUCACGACUCCUGAAAAAUGGGAUGGUGUUAGUCGAUCUUGGCAGACUCGCGAUUACGUUCGCGCUGUAGCGCUAAUCAUCAUCGACGAAAUCCAUUUGCUGGGAGAAGAUCGCGGUCCAGUCCUGGAGGUCAUCGUGUCCCGUACAAACUUCAUCGCGUCACACACUGGUCGCUCUUUGCGCCUUAUCGGCCUGUCUACUGCCGUUGCCAAUGCACGCGAUUUGGCCGAUUGGCUCAACAUUGGCCAAGUUGGUCUCUUCAAUUUUCGACCCUCCGUCCGUCCCGUUCCGUUGGAAGUUCACAUUUCCGGGUUCCCCGGUAAGCACUAUUGCCCCCGCAUGGCCACGAUGAAUAAACCCACGUUUCAGGCUAUCAAGCAGCAUUCUCCAGACAAGCCGGUGUUGGUAUUUGUCUCGUCUCGACGUCAAACACGGUUGACUGCCCUGGACCUGAUCGGUUAUCUAGCUGCAGAGGAUAGCCCUCGACAGUUUGUUCGUAUGCCAGAGCGAGACAUGGAGCAGCUCACCAUUUCCAUCCGAGAUCCAAAUCUCAAGUUGACUCUCUCUUUCGGUGUCGGCAUCCAUCACGCUGGUCUGACAGAGAAGGAUCGCCGUUUAGUGGAGGAAUUGUUUGUCAACCAAAAAAUUCAAGUUCUCAUUGCGACGGCUACCUUAGCCUGGGGUGUCAACUUUCCUGCCCAUUUGGUCGUUAUCAAGGGCACCGAAUACUACGACGGAAAAUCGCGUCGUUACGUCGACAUGCCAAUCACAGAUGUAUUGCAGAUGAUGGGUCGCGCGGGACGACCACAGUAUGAUGAUCACGGAGUCGCCUGUGUCCUUGUGCACGACAUCAAGAAAGAUUUUUACAAAAAAUUUUUGUACGAGCCAUUUCCUGUCGAAUCCAGUUUGCUGGAUGUGCUGCCGGAACAUUUGAACGCCGAAAUUGUGGCUGGCACGAUUUGCUCCAAACAGGAUGCAAUUGACUAUCUGACUUGGACGUUUUUCUUCCGGCGAUUGCUCCAAAACCCGGCCUAUUACGGACUGGAACAACUGGAACCUACCGAUGUCAACCAUUAUCUGACGUCGCUCAUUCAUCGCUCCCUCUCGGUCCUGGAAGCCGCGUCGUGUCUUGAAAUAGAGGACGAAGAGGACGAAGUAGAGGACGAAGAGGACGACAAAGUAGAGGACGAAGUAGAGGACGAAGUUGGGGACGGAGAGGACGACAAAGUGAAAGACGAAGAGGACGACAAAGUGGAAGACGAAGAGGACGACAAAGUGGAAGACGAAGAGGACGACAAAGUGGAAGACGAAGAUGACGACGAAGACGAUAACAUUUUUCUCAGUCGUCAGAAAACAAAAAGUCAUAAAAUUUCGGUUCCUUCGCCCACUUUUAAAACGCAAGCCUCAGUCGCUAACAAAGUUUCAGAAUUGGGUACACCCAAAACUUCGAAAUUCCGUUUCCUACCCGAACCGGUACCACCGCCCCGGACUCCCAGGCGAACGCUUACUUUGGUCAAGGAAUCUUCACCGAAUAGAGUUGAGCAGUCUACUAGCAUUCCAGAAGAGGUUGCAAAUGCAGAACUGCACAAGAGAUCGCAAAAGGAAACUCCACUUAUUAGGCCUUCAACAUCUCGUGCCAACGAAGAAUCAAGCGAGGAAACUCCUUUGUCAAAGAGAAGAAGAUUCCCCGAUUCUUCAAAGAAACAGUCGCCAACUAAACGACUCCAAUCCCCUGUAAAAUCCUCGCAACAAUUGAACGAUCUCGAUGCCCAUGGGGAUGAUUUUGGACUUAUUGAAGAAGUACUGAAAAGAACUAUGCUCCGAUCUGCGAAUUCAACGAACCAAGCCCCAUUAAGUUCCACCAUUGAUCCGUCUACACUUCCGGUGCCAAACCGCAGUCAUCUACCGACGCAAUUCAAUCUUUAUUUGGCCUCACCCGGUGAUCCUGUACGAGUACAGCAACUGUCUAACGCUGAACACAGCAUGUCGUUGGUUCAUCUACUGCCAAAAAUUGUUUUUGCUCUGAAAAUUAAUAACCCGAUGAUGGUCGUGCGACUCAAAGGAAGCGUCGAAUUUAGAAGCAAUCCCCAUGUUCCAAGUCGCAUUUUACUCAACUCGUCUACGAGACUUGUUGACCUUAAAGCGGGUAUUCUUCACGUGGUCAACACAGGGGAACAAGUCGCCUCAUUUGUACUUUUCGAAAUGUUCUAAUAGUGGCAUUACCGGCAAUCUGAUUUUUUUUUGCUUCCCUCCAUAGUUAGUUUAUAUUUUCAUUCAUGUACACGAGAUGGCGUUCGCCGUCAACCUGAAAUAAAUACACUUUUGAUUGUCGA